AUGGCGGAAAUAAAAACAGGAAUAUUCGCCAAAAACGUGCAGAAACGUCUGAACCGCGCACAAGAGAAGGUACUGCAGAAACUGGGGAAAGCAGACGAGACCAAAGAUGAACAGUUUGAACAAGUGGUGAUAAACUUCAGGAGACAGGAGUCUGAAGGUUCACGGCUGCAGAGGGAGAUGAAAUCCUACAUGUCGUCUAUCAAAGGAAUGCAGCAGGCGUCCAUCAACCUGACACAGUCCCUGCAUGAAGUCUACGAACCAGACUGGCAUGGGAAAGACGACGUGAUGACCAUCGGGAAGGACUGUGAUGCAUUGUGGGAAGACUUCCAUAACAAACUGGUGGACUCGACGCUCCUGAACCUAGAUGGAUACCUGCAACAGUUCCCCGACCUAAAGACUCGUGUGGCCAAGAGAAGCAGGAAACUGAUUGACUUUGACAGUGCUCGUCACCACGUUGAAACUCUGCAGACGUCUGGAAUGAAGAGCGACCGUAAGAUGAUGAAGGCAGAAGACGAGCUGAAAAAGUCUCAGAAGGUGUUUGAUGAGCUGGAUGUGGGUCUGCAGGAUGAACUGCCGACCCUCUGGGACAGCCGAGUCGGCUUCUACAUCAGCACCUACAAGAGUGUGACGCGUCUGGAGGCAAAGUUUCACAGAGAAAUCUCCCUUGUGUGCAGGCAGCUGUAUGAAGUUAUGACCAAACUGGGCGAACAGCAUUCUGACAAAAUGUUUACCAUCCAAGGAGCCCCGAGUGAUUCAGGACCAUUACGACUUGCUAGAACCCCGUCACCACCAGAAGACGAGAGUCCACUUGAGAGUCCAGAUUCCAGCUCCAAUCACAUGCUCCAUCCGGCCUCACCUGGACCACCACGUCCAAAAUCCCCAACACAGUUUAAAAAGGGACCACCGGUUCCUCCCCCACCAAAGGCCACACCAACGAAGGAGGUGGCGGAGGAGCAGAUCAUUGACCUGUUUGGAGGAGAAUUUUUACCGGCACCUUCACCAUCGCAGCCCAACGAGCGACCUGGAGAAUCUCUUCUUGACCUGGACUUUGAUGCUUUUCAGCCGGAUGACAGUGUUUCACCGAUACCACAGACUGCUGUACCUUGGGACAUGUGGUCGGGAAACUCUCAAACUGCUCAGCCUGCUGCAGAUGGCGGCUUCGUCGCCGACUGGUCAGCGGACUUCGGUUCGGUGUCAGCAAAUGGAGAUACCUCUUCGAGUGCCGAGGCCCCUGGUGCCGCUGCCGUAGAACCUGAGGAGACGGAGGCCGAGGCAGAGGGUGGAGCUCAGGGCAGGCACCAGGCAGAUGGCUGGCAGGCGGGUGGAGAUACAGCCACACCUCCUCAGGACAGUGAGGCAGCGACAGCAACUGAAAACGAGGAUUUGUCAAACCCGUCAUUCUUUGCUCAUUUUGAUAAGAUGGUGACUGAAGAAGCAGCAACACCUCCAGGUGAAGCAGCUUCAUCGGAAAACAUGCCCAUCCCCUCAGUGGUGAUUGAACCCGCCUCCAGUAACGAAGGCGAUGACGACCGCGACGCUGACAUCAUCUCUCCCACGGUCGUCAGUGACAACGAUGAUCAAAAUCAAUCCAUCACACACAUGAGUCCGUCUGGUGCGACGUCGAAUCGUCCUGAAGAUUUUCUUUACAAGGUGGAGACGAUGCACGACUUUGAUGCUGCAAAUUCAGAUGAGCUUGAACUGAGGAGAGGUGACGUGGUGUUGGUGGUUCCAACAGCCUCAGUGGAGGAUCAGGAGGCCGGCUGGCUCACAGGGAUCAAAGAAGCUGAAUGGUCAACACUCGGAGCUGCUGCUCAAAAAGGACUGUUCCCUGAAAACUUUACCCAGCGUUUGGAGUAAGACGAUUUUA